AUGAAUGGCGACUCUGGUCUGGUUGUUACACUUGUCGAUCGCCUGGCAACGAGGCUUCCACACCGCACCGGAUCACCCUCCCAUGAGUUCGCUCGCGAUGAGGUGGUGGUGCUCACCCGCUCGACUCUGGUUGGGGUCAGUGGUUCCUGCAUAGGAACUAUAAUCGAGGCGCUGGUGCAGCUACUGGAAGAACUUCGCAGAACGUAUAAAGGAAUACACUCCCAUCCGAUCCAUGUUGUACAAUCCGAGUUAUAUAUACUCGAGCUUCUAUCGGAUUGCUGCGCUGCACAUUGGGAUUCGGUCAACGCAGCACCGAGUGUUGUCCACGUCGAAGAUGAUGAGAGCUCCGAUUCUGAGGAUUCAGAAGCGGAGAGAACGACAAAGAGGACACUUAGUCCCGAAGUGCGUGGGAAAAAGAGACGUGCAUCACGAAACACGCUGCUUGCGCGGGGUCAUCCACCCGCUCCGCUAAGUGAUGAUUUGGUCCGGAGAAUAUUGGAUGCUGUCAAGCUUUUCUCGAAACCGGUAUCGGAUACUUACGUCCUUCCUGCGUCUACGAUCUUGGAUGAUUCAUUCAGAAGGCUUAAUAAUUGUGAUAUUCUAGAAGAGGAGGAGGAUACAGCGUCUUCAAAUGCGCGCUUAAGCGGGACCGAGGUUUCUCAGCUGAUUCUCGAGAAGAGCGAUGCUGUUGAAGCAUACACUCGAGUAAUUGUGGAAUACAUAUCUUGUUCUAACUGGACUCGGGUUCUCGACUAUAUCAGAGCUUUCCUGAUACAGCCACAGCCACUGCGCCCAGUGGUCAACGGUACGGCGCUGCCUAGCCACUCGGCUGAUGAUGAUAGAGGUGCUCUGAUUGUGAUUCGGUUCAUUUCCUGCUUAUGGGUUGACAGCCGGAAACUUAGCGUUGUCAUUCAGGAGCUGUGUGGCAAUUUCUUGCAUCUCCGCAAAUCGUUCCAAACAACAAUAGCAAUCGUGACCCCGCAGUUAAUUACCAGGUGGCUUGAACGCAAUCCCCAGGAAUUCAUAGAUCUUCACUCCGCGCACAAAAGACUCGAUGGCGGAGCGGAAACACUUUUCGAUAUGACCAAUACCAUGUUCGAUGGAGGUAGACGAAAGGCACUACUCUAUCCAUUCCAGACAUCACUUCUCUUGCUGCUUCCUGAUGUAUUUGAAGUUGCAAGUCACAUGCGAGAUGCUAAGAGUAGCAGCAUAUCAAAGAAAGUGUCAUUUCUAGAGCUCCUCCGAAAAGCUGUGAGAAACCGAAACGAAACAGCCAUCUACUGCCUGACAUCGGUUUUGAGAGUUGCUAGGCAUUUUAGCCUGGAUAGUGAUGCUGCAAUUCUUAGCUAUGCUCUGGAUGUUCAAGAAGAAGUUCGAGAUGCAGUUUUCCGAAAACACAUCGCAACGGACUCGCCAAACAUUGAUAACACCCUGAUGUCCGCCGCAUUUGUUAGUUUGGCGCAUCUCAAUUUCGAUUACUGUGUGGAUAAUCUGGCGCCUCUGUGUCUGACUCCAAACUCUCCCACGAACCUCAAACUUUCUUUAAUCUCAGCCUGCUCUCAUUUUGCGAGGCAGUCAAAUGCAGACGAGUACCGGCCAUUGUUUGCCAAAAUCGCCGAGUUCACCCGCGUACAGCUAAGGGGACAAUCUUCGAGGCCGCGGGACUCAUAUCCAGAUGAGCAAUACACCCUUCAGAAGGCUGGCGAGAUUUCAGGUUCUACAAGCAUGAUUUACAAUAUACUAGUAUUUCUUGAUGCCUCUCCUCUCACUCUAUUAGUUGGCGCGGUGAAUGAACCUUUGGACUGGAACCAGUUCUUGGAGACCUCGUUAAAUUCUUUCGUCGGAUAUCUGGUUGCAGAUGAUGAUCGGAUCCGGCAAUUAACGAGUUCAGUAGCCCGAAAGAUCAUGACCGGAGGUGCUUCUUUGGCUUGGAAACAAGUCCAAAGUACAGACAUGAAUGCCUUCAAGCGCAACUUCUGGAAAUCAACAUCCGUUGUUCUCAUGGCUGUGUCUGAUAAGCUUAUCAGCAUGGCUGACGACGGGAAAGGCACACUACGCUUUAUUCAUGAUUACCUCGAAUCGAGGCUGGCACUUCUAAAGACCAUUAGGGAAUUGACAGAUCUGGAUGAAGAGAUUCCUGAACGCGCAGCUGCGUGUGUCAAAUUGGAAACGGCAUUUUUGGUAUCGCUGUGCUCGACAGACAUUUCGACCUGCCAGCUAGUCACCAAGUGUAUAUCUCUCUUCUGUGAGGAGACUGGCCUCGUGGAUGAAGCGACAGAAUCCGCAAAGCCAUUAACCCAUACUCUUCGAAAUCUUGAAAUUUAUGUGGAAAUAUCAUCUAGAGAUUUUAGAUUUACUGGAUUAGUGGCUUUUCAGAAACGUGUCCGAGGGCUCCUCAGGAAGAUGCAUUACCCUACAGCUGGUAUGUUGGCGGCCUGGGAGACCGUCUUCAAUUUCUGGCUUAAAGUAUCGAAACAUAUCUUCUCACGGCCAAUGGAUAUGCUAGAAGAACGACCGCUCGUGGAGUGGCGCAACUAUUCCGGAUUCCUCGCUUCUCUAGGAGGCGCUUGCAUAUCAAAUCAGGCGCUGACACCCGAGGAAUCGAAUCUGGCUGGUCUGAAAUGGAUCGAUAGAAUUUCACCGGAAAACUAUGACGAAACUCUCUUGACUCAAUAUAUGAGGCAGAGUGUUCAACUACUUGCUAGCAACAAUGUUAGAAUACGAGAGGCGACCAGAGAGACCCUCUCCACUGAACUUUCCUCGGCACUGUACUUGCCACUUUUCGAAACCCUAGAAGCCGAGCUUGGCGUAUUAUUCGACAGCCCUCGUACAAAUACUUCACUCUCUAUUGAAGCUCGUGUCAUAUUUGCCGAGCAGGCCUCAGCUCUCUUGAAGAGUAUUGUUGAAAGGCUAGGCGGCCCAGCUGAAGUUGGCGUGUCACUAUCUAUUGAUAUUGGUGCAUUGACUCUUAAUUUUGCAAAAUUUCUGGACGAGUUGGCGGAGACCGCAAGCAUACUUAGGGUGAAAAUCAAGAUCUGCCAGCUGUGCGAAACGGUUACGCAGAAGAAAGAGCUCCUGAACUUGAGACAUGAUGUCCGUAUCCGAAAUCAACUCUUGGAGGUAAUUUUCAGCUGGAUAGCUCGCCCAGGCACGCCAAAAGAGACCAUCCAUGCGACCGGAACUCGGGUCGAUGAGCUGCUCCGACUUCAGAGAGAUCUUGAUAGAGCAUCUCUGAAGGCUCUAGCCGAUCUAACAUAUCGACUACCACUACAGCCAGCCGAAGGCCAAACAGAUGCGGACACAAGUGAUCUUAAAUCCCAAAUGUUUCAUACAUAUUUCAACAGAUUCCUGUCACUGUUGAACUAUGAAUCAACUGAAACUACAAGAAACGAAUUGCGGGUGUCAACUUUUGGGAGCGAAGAAACUGUCGGUUUUUCUGAACUUGCCAUUACGGCGUUGUCCAACCUCUUGAGUGCCAACAUCGAUGUAGGCCUUAAGCAUUCGCUGGGAAUUGGUUACCACGAAGAUCUUGAUAUAAGGACUGCUUUUGUUAAGGUCUUGUGUAAUAUCCUGAUUCAAGGUGCCGAGUUCAACAACCUCUCUGAUACAGCUGUGAAUGAGAAAUACGACGAGCUUCUGGAGCUUCUUAUUAAUGAUAUGCCAUUGACAAUUGCGCUUUGCGAUGCGUGCCCAAGCACCGAAGUGGAUGAGAUGACCAUUUCACUACUCAAUAUAUUCGACUCAAGAGGCUUGGGCUUCGUACUUCUAGAGGGCCUCAUUGAGCAUGAAGUUAAGGGAACUGAGAAUGAAGCCGAGCUUCUACGACGUAAUUGUGUAGCUACCAAGAUGCUGUCGGUCUAUGCAAAAUGGAAGGGCUCUACAUACAUAAAAGCGACCCUGCAAAAAGUACUUGAGCGACUUGUCCUCACAUCAAAGGAUCUUGAUUUAGAGCUUGACCCUGCCCGUACUACUUCCGCCGAGGAGCUGCAAAAGAACGCCCUCCAGCUUCGAGUUGUUGCCAAGGUCUUCAUCGACGAUAUUUGUAAUUCUGCAGGGCAUAUUCCUGUCUCUUUUAGGAAGAUCUGUAGCAUUAUUUCAACAGCUGUCAUGAAGCGAUUCCCAGAAGCCAAAUUUACCGCCGUCGGGGCAUUUAUAUUCCUGCGCUUUUUCUGCCCUGCCAUUGUUGCUCCAGAUGCUGAAGGACUGAUAAGUUCCCCACCUUCAAAAGAGAUGCGUCGCGGUCUUUUGCUUAUUGCUAAGGUUGUGCAAAAUCUGGCCAAUAAUGUCUUGUUCGGGGCAAAGGAACCUUACAUGUUUCCACUCAACGACUUCCUUACCCAGAAUAUAUACCGUGUGACUACGUUUUUGCGAGAAAUCUCGGUACCUCCAAAUGUAAUGGAACCCGUUGCAGAGUCGGAAGCAUUCGAUUUUGGCUCCUGCGUUGCACUUCAUCGGUUCUUGUACGAUCAUUGGGACCAUGUCAGGCAAAAGAUUGUUCUCCGAGAGAGGAAAGGUGCCGAGGUAUCACUUAUAGACAUCAGCAGGGGACACGUUCCGAUGUUAGAAGCGCUUCGAAAGCUCAUUACCAAUUUGGGCCCUCCUCCAAUGGACGUGUCGUGGAAUCGACCUGCAAUCUCAUCGAACAGCCCCCCAUCAUACUCCCGCUUCCAACAUUUUAUGCUACGGAACGCGGGUAGGAAUACCGAGUCCUUGGCUUCCACCCGUGCUGUAUAUGAUGGUGGCGAAAGCAAGGAUGGGCUCCCAAUGAUCUGUAUCAUACUACGGAACAUUGAUACAGAAAGCGUGGACUAUGAACUUUUGCUGUUCGGCUAUCUGAAGAUUGCAAGCCGUAUGUGGCAUCGGCCAUUUGGUAUCCUCAUUGAUGCAACCUGUUACGAUGGCCAGAAUGAGCCACAGGAUGCGUUAUUUAGACAGUUGGAUCUAUUGACGCCGACGGAGUUAUCAAAGCAGCUUUCAAGGGUAUUUGUCUACAAUAUGAACAGCGCCUUUAGAAAAUGCUUUCGUCGGAUCUUACGACUAGCCGCGAAGAGCGAGAUCAGCGCAUUCCACCCGAAGAAUGUGGACUACCACUUAAUUGGAAGUCUCCAGGACCUACAGACCCACUUCCAUCUCAGUCAAUUGCAUUUACCAAAGGAGACGAUCAGUGUUGUAACUGAUACAAGAUAUGUUUUCCAACCUAUCACUAGGCUCUCCAAGACCAAAGGAAAGGUCGAGGUAGUGAUCAAAGUUGGUAGUCAAUUCGUCCAAGUCACCACAACAAAGAAGCAGGAAGUUGUGCCCGGUUUAAGACUCCAUGCUACUGUUAAUGAUAUAUUUCGUCUCUCAGCGGUAGAUGAAGCGCCAACAUCAAUUCAGACAGAGGACGAUUCCGCCUUUGGUUUGCGAACAGAAAAUGGGAAGAUCGUGAUGUAUUUUACGAGCCCAAGAAAAAUGGAUGUGCUCCAGGCCAUUCGCGGAGCGAAGUCCAAACAGGGGAAGGAAUUGAGAACCCUGAAGUCUUUUGAGAGGCUUGUCCGACCACAGGAUGUGCCCGGCACACUUCUCAAUAUCGCGUUCACGAACAUGGCCAGUUCGGAUCAAGUCCUUCGUUUGGCUUCUUACAACCUCCUGUCGGCCCUGUGCCGUGCGUUCAAAUUUGCGGCUGACUCUAAAUUCAUGAGCACAAAAGAAUUAUGCGUUCCUUUGAAUCCUUCGCAUUUUAUAAUUGACAUAAGCCAACAACUUGCUCGGUCCGAGCCUGGACUGACGGUUGACUUCCUCAAUGAAUUCUUCGUCGGGUGGGAGAGUUUUCCUUAUUCCCAGCGGCCACUAAGUCUUGCAUAUAUGGCCCCUUGGCUACCAAGUCUAAGAACAAACCUAAUCCCCACAGAACCGGAUAGCGACAAAGGUAGAGAGAAAAUCGCUGUAAUUUUCCGGAAGAUUAUCGAAGUGGCUAUCGCUGACGUUUCUUUGAGCACCACUCUUGAACAGAGUGUGUGGCCGAUCAUUUGCCGGGAUGAGAUUUACACCGAGAUAUUCCUAGAAGAGAUUGUCAGAGCCGCUUUGAGCUUUGGAAUUGACGACGAACGCACCGAAAUCCUUGGUUCCAUUAUUGCUUCUCUCGGUACCAUCACCAUCCGGGGAAAGCUCCUUUCCCGUCUUCGCAAAGCUCUCAACAGGACUUCACUGCGCCCUACCAGACAGUUACCAGAUAAUACUAUCUGGGGCGAAAUCUGUGUGCUUCUCCGACUUUGUCUUUCUACAUCAUUUGACAGUGCAAUUCAAUCACAACUAUACCUGCCGGAGCUUUUCCAUCUCGUUACUAUGCUGGCUAAUACCGGAUCAACCAAUGUGAGGCUUAUGGUCCAUCGGUUGCUGGUCAACACCAUCCACGCCAUGUGCACCGGAUUCAAUCUCGAAGAAAGCAAGCUAGCUAGACUGAAAGCCUUACUGUUAUCGCUCUCUGAUCCUCGGAGCGAUUCACUAUUCAAUCUAUCACCUCGAGAUGGCGUCUCUAUUUCAUCACUACAAGAUUCUGGCAUUCCAGCCUUGACUGCCACGGAAUCCCUAGCCACCUUGCUCUCAGAAGUUAGCAUCGUUGCUGCUCCGUCCGUGAAUGUGUCAAAUGCAUGGCGAGCUAGGUGGAUGAGCUUGGUUGCGAGCACUGCCUUCCAAAGCAAUCCAGCAAUCCAGCCGCGCGCUUUUACGGUCAUGGGCUGUUUGGCUCGUCAAGAUGUAGAUGAUGAUCUUCUUUACCAGGUUCUUGUCGCUCUAAGAAGUAGCAUCGGCCGAUUCAUGGAAGAGAAUGACAGUGAGAUGCUCAUCGCAAUCAUAACCUCCCUAACUAAGAUGAUGGAUAAACUACCUUCUGCCUCUCGCUACGGUUUGCAGUUAUUCUGGCUGGCAAUGUCACUGGUGAGGCUCGUCCCACUUCCGCUUUUCAACUGCACGGCUCUUUUCCUGGAUGCUGUUUUGAAUAACAUCGCUACGUCUGGCGGGCUCAAAGAUGAGAAAAUGGCCCCGGUCUUGAUGCAAGGCCGAUUCCCUCUCGAAGAUGCGGCAUUGCAACUUGAUGAAAUCUACGGUAUCCAUUUUAACGUCGAGACUUUCCAUUUUGCUGUUUGCGCUUCUUUGGUGAAGGGCCUUACAGAUUCUGUCACCAAAGCCACAGCAGUUCGAGUCUUAUCCACGUUUCUCGAGGCUGCAGGCUCAAACAACCAAACCGGGGUUAAGGGUGGUUUCGAGCUUUCCUGUAUGCCUUACAUAGGAGCUCUUAUAUCUCGAGCAAUGACCCCUCAGCAAGCCAAGGACAAUUUAUUCGUCGCAAGCUGGGCUUCUGUGAGCCAUUAUGUAACGUCCGACGAUAUGAUGAGCUUGAUUGAUCAGGGUUUGGUGAAGGAUAAGGAGCUUUUGCUUAACGCGGCUAUUACUAUAGUGGAUUUCCGCUAUUUGGAGGAAUCUGUCCAGCAUCGCGGGCUAUUAUGGCUCAAUAGGGUCGCUGUAAAGCGGCCUACUGUCGUGCUACACCUCGCGGUGCCCAUUAUCCGGAUCCUGGAUGAUCUGCUUUUGUCUUGUCAAAACGUGGCGACACUCGAAUCAGCCCAUCAAUUACUCCGGACGAUAACAUCAAAUCCCAAAUUCUCAGGCGGCGUCGACACCACAGAAAUGUUAGAGGAUGUCCUUGAUGGCAUUGGUUUCGGCGGCCUCUGGCGCUCAGCGACGUUUCAUACAAAAAAUGAGCACGAAAGACAAUGCACUGCAUUAACAGAUAGGCUUAUCGAACUCAUCAUUGCAUAG